GCAAAUUCUUGUUACACUGCAGUUGCCUGCACAGGUUUCUGCACUCAGCAUUUGCACAAGACGCUUGGUCACGACGUUUUAGUAAAGAAUAAUCACCCAGGUUUUGUACAUGCCAGCACUUUGCAUGCAUGGCUCUCACAUUAUGCACCAAACUACACAAAUGGACAACCCACGUGCCUUUCUUAGACACAGAAAUUCAAAGUGGUGCUGUCACCAGGACAGUUCUCAAGGGGAGCAGUCACUGGCAAUUCCUCAAAGACAAUUCCUCAGAGUGUUGAAGGGCAGCACACAAACACCCUGCUGCGACCACAGGUACAAGUCGGCUUACUCGGCAGGUAGCCCAAAAUAAGUGAUCUUGAUUGCAGGAAAUUGGUUCUUGCAAGCUGGGGGAACUCCAGCCAGAAAGGACAAGUCUUUCUCCCAGAGUUGGCACACCACAAAGGACCCAACACGGAUACACCCCCUUGAUUGCUGCUAACAGCUGUUUUUGUUCUUGAUGCAAUGGCGGCUGGCGUUCAUGCAAUGGUGUCUGCAAGGGGGGAGACUGAUUCCCCACUACAAGAAAACUUCCUCAGUGCGAGCGCAUCUG